AUGUCUAUGAAAUGGCUCUCGUUUCUGCUGCUGCUACAACUGACUUGUUUCUCUAGCUCUGGGAGUUGUGGAAAGGUGCUGGUGUGGCCAGUGGAAUUUAGUCAUUGGAUGAAUAUGAAGAUCAUUCUGGAUGAACUUGUCACGAGAGGUCAUGAGGUGACUGUUUUGACAUCUUCAGCUUCCAUUCUUAUUGAUCCCAACACACCAUCUGCCAUCAAAUUUGAGAUUUUCCCCAUAUCUUUAACUAAAGAUGAUCUUGAGAAUGUUUUCACACAUUUUGUCAGGAAAUGGACAGACCUGGCAAAUUCAUUUUGGACAUUUCUUUUGUCACUGCAAAGCUUAUUUGAACAUUAUUCUGAUCUUACUCUAAAGAUCUGUAAAGAAGUUGUUUCAAACAAGAAACUGAUGACAAAACUACAUGAAUCGAGGUUUGAUGUUGUCCUUGCAGAUACCGUUGGACCCUGUGGAGAGCUGUUGGCUGAGAUACUUAAAGUACCUUUAGUGUACAGUCUUCGCUUCACUCCUGGUUAUUCAAUUGAAAGGAAGAGUGUGAAACUUCCAUACUCACCAUCCUAUGUACCUGUUAUAUUGUCUGAAUUAAGUGAUCACAUGACAUUCAUGGAGAGGCUCAAAAAUAUGCUAUAUGUACUUUACUUUGACUUUUGCUUCCAGACGUUUAAUGAGAAGAAGUGGGGCCAGUUUUACAGUGAAGUACUAGGAAGACCAACUACAUUAUUAGAGACAAUGGGUAAAGCUGAAUUUUGGCUCCUUCGAUCCUACUGGGAUUUUGAAUAUCCUUGCCCGCUACUACCAAAUGUUGAAUUUAUUGGAGGCCUCCACUGCAAACCUGCCAAACCUCUGCCUAAGGAAAUGGAAGAGUUUGUGCAGAGCUCUGGAGAAAAUGGUAUUGUGGUGUUUACUUUGGGGUCAAUGGUCAGGAACAUGACAGAAGAAAGAGCCAAUAUGAUUGCAUCAGCUCUUGCCCAGAUACCACAAAAGGUUCUAUGGAGACAUGAUGGCAAGAAACCAGACACCUUAGGAGCCAAUACUCGGCUAUAUAAGUGGAUCCCCCAGAAUGACCUUCUUGGUCAUCCAAAAACCAAGGCCUUUAUAACUCAUGGUGGAACCAACGGCAUUUAUGAGGCCAUCUACCACGGGGUCCCUAUGGUGGGCCUUCCUUUGUUUGCUGAGCAACCUGAUAACAUCAACCGAGUGAAGGCCAAGGGAGCAGCUGUCAGAUUGGACUUGGAAACAAUGUCAAAAAAAGAUUUUCUCAAUGCACUGAAGCAAGUCAUUAACAAUCCUUCGUAUAAACGGAAUGCUAUGUGGUUAUCAACCAUUCAACAUGAUCAGCCUAUAAAGCCCCUUGACCGAGCGAUCUUCUGGAUUGAGUUCGUCAUGCGCCACAAAGGAGCCAAGGACCUCCGACCUGCUGCCCACGACCUCACCUGGUUCCAGUACCACUCUCUGGACGUGAUCGGGUUCCUGCUGGCCUGUGUGGCAACUGCUGUAUUUGUCAUCACAAAAUGUUUUCUGUUUUGUUGCCGCAAGUUUGCUGAAACAGGAAAGAAGAGGAAAAGGGAAUAG